CCCCCCCACAGCCUGCCGGCUACUGGCCUCCCUGGCGGCGCUGCACCACUGCCCCUGCCGCCCCGCCGCCGUAAGAGCGCUGGUGGAGGUGGCGGGGGCGGCAUUCAGGGGCUGGCGCUGGCUAGGGGGCCCGCCUCCGCAUCCGCAUCCGCCGCCACCGCCACCGCAGCAGCAGCCGCAGCCUGCUAGCCACCGGCGGCAACGGCAGCAGGUGCUGCGUGGGGAGGAGCAGCCUGCCGCGGGCUCAGUCCAUGGGGGAAGUGGAGGGGAUGGAAGCAGCGGUGGCGGUGGAGGAAGCAAUAGUGUGGGUGGAGAUGAGGGCAGGGGUGCUGCGGGCGGGCGGCUCAGCGAGCGGGAGCUGAGGGCACUGCUGCAGGGUGUUGCCGGGCUGCCGGGUGCCUACCCCGGGGAGCCCUGGCUGGCGGACUGGUGCGCAGCCUACCUGCCGCACCUGCACUGCGGCGGCAGUGGCCGUGGCAGCAGCAGGAGGACUGCCAUCACGGCUGCUGCAGCUGCCCGUGGGUCGUUUGCAGCAACAGAGGUGGCAACAGCGGAGGCGGAGGGAGGGACACAACCCUGUGUGGCGGACGCCCCUGACAGCGGCACGGCGGCAGCCGAGAUGCUGUACUGCCUUGCAACUCUCCAGUUCUCACCACCCGAACCCUGGGAGGCUGCGGCCCUGGCUGCUGUGCAGCGGGGACUGCGGCCCUGGCUGGGGCUGCUGCGGCGCCUGGACCCGCCCGCCUGGGCCUGGGCGGCGGAGGGGCCUGGGUGUGAGGGCGAGGGCGCUGAGGGGAGUGCAGAGGCGGCUACGAUGGACUUGGUAGCCGGGAGGAAGGAGGAAGGCGUCUCGAGGCACGCGGGGCGAAGGGGGCAGAGGAAGCGCCCGGGAGAGGGUGCAAAGGCGGCGGGGAGGAGGCCAGGUUCGGGGACAGCGACGGAAGAUGAGGCGGAAGAGGCGCAAGAAGAGGCGGUGAUGCCGCUACCUCCGCUGACGCUGGUUCAACUGGCCUGGGCGGUGGGCGCACAUGCCGCGGCUUGCCCCCUGCCGCCGCCACCGCCAUAUUCGCCACCCGCCUAUCCGCACCCACCCCCAACACCACAACAGCAAACAGCUCCAGAGGGCGUUCAGCCUCCCACCUCCUCCUCCUCUUCCAUGCAGCAGGAGCAGCAACUAUAUGGCGGCAGCAGUGGCACCGCCACCACCCCCACAGCGGCUGAGCGAGCAGCCCGGCGGCGGUGCAUGUGGGGCUGCCGGCGGCGGGUGUUCGGAGCGGCGCUGGCGGCGGUGGCGGUGUGGGGUCGCGAGGGCAGUGCUGGGGCAGCGAUGCAGGC